GACAGACCGAAUUUUUGGAGCCUUUCUGUCAAACUGCAUUUUGUGGGUCAUUCAUUUGCAAGGGAAGCUGACGAACAGACGUACCAGAUUCGGCAGGAAAGCAUCCAUUUUUUUGAAGUCAAUUUUCCUGAAAAAUAAACGCAAAAAUGCCCUCUACAUUGCCGGGCUUGGCCUUCGUUGAGAUGUCGCACGUCAUGUUAUUUGUGCAAAUGGCUCCGGAUCCGAAGAGUCGCACUUUCCACACCUACGACACUGUUGCCGAAUGCAUGGACGGGGUCCGCAACAUGUUUGAGGAUCACGUCCACAACUCGUAUUCCCCGAUUUCGAACUUUUCAUAUUCGAUGAGUCAGCUGCUGGACUACGUCGACUCCCUGGUGGAUGUCAGUUGUAUGGUGUUGCAGGAGUCUACCCAUUCCUAUGUGUCCCACGAUCGCUACUGGGUCAAGAGUAAGUUAUAUCAGAUGCUGAAUCAGGAGUUGCAGACCUUCGAUGAACAGCCCCCCAACAACAAUUAGGCUCAACAGGCCUGACCAUGGACAUUCCCGAAUGAGCAUUUCUUUUUUAGUACACACACACAUACACACUCUCUCUCUCUCACACACACACACACACCCAAAAGACAAUUCGGUUUUUUUACACGAAAAAAAAUCAACCAAUAAAACGUUAGUUUUACACCUGAAAA